UCUAAAUAUGAUUAAUAAGUAACUGUACUACUUUUUUAUCUCAAGCAAUACAAAUCAAGUACAGAAGAGUACAUCAGGACACUAUAAAAAGAGCAUGAGAAACUGUGGGGACUGCAAAGUAAGAGCUACACACAAACAUCAGUGAAGAAUGGCUUGUUCAGGACAGGAAAAUGAGAUGAGUGAACAGAUCAGCUCUGAGGACAGAAAACACAGUCUGAACGAUGGAGCUUCAGCUCAACAACGCUGCCAUCAGUGCUUCUCUGACAUCCACGCAGCAUUAAGAGAGCUGACCGCCACAGUCACAGAGCAGAAAGCCAACAUCAGAGCCUUAGAGACGCGGCUGAGAGAAGAGCUGAACAAGAAGACUGAGGAAAUGUCAAAUCUUACUCAAAGUGAGCUGGAGAAGUUGAGGAAGGAAAUUACAGACAGAGAGAUAGCAUUUUCGGCUGCACUGACCAAAUCUGGUGGUGGAAAUGUUGGUCCUUUUACCACUGACAUCACACUAGUUUACAAGAACGUCUUCACAAACAUAGGGAACGCCUACAACCCCAUUACAGGUAUUUUCACAGCCCCACUGAAAGGAGCGUACAUGUUCAGAAUCUCUGUCUACAGUCCGGCUAGUCAAUCAACUCCAUCAACUGUCUACAUGAAGAAGAAUGGAAACAAUGUGAUUGUAGCACACGGUCAUCAGGAUCAGUUUGCGGUGAACGCCUCGAAUGGAGCUGUGUUGGUCCUGGACGCUGGAGAUGUCGUCUAUGUCACUCUUUGUUCUAGCAGGAUGAUAUUUGAUAAUGAAUCUAAUCACAGCACUUUCAGUGGAUACCUACUGUUUCCCUUAAGAGGAUAGGAAUGUGGUUCCAGGAAGUCUGAACCUUUAUCGAUAUGGUUUAAGAUGAAAAUCGUGAAGAAUUGUUAACAUGUGAUCUAGGGGUAGAACAGAUUGUGGAAAAGAAAUCUACAUUUCUCCACACAUGUAAUAUAAACUAAUCUGUUUUGUUGAAAUAACAUGUCAAACAAGAUUGACUAGAGUAGAUAACUGAUCUUUAUCUUGAGUUUGAUUGACAGACAGCCUGACCAAUCAUAAUCCUCACUUUUUGUCAAACAAACAAACCAGACAAGAGAGUCAGUGGUUUAUGAUCAGUGAACUUGUAAAAUGGUAUGCACUGUAUUAGGGAUGUUCUGCUUGUAAUUAUCAUUUAUGUUUAAUUCAUGCUCUAACUAGAAGAGAUUAUCAGUUCAUAUGCUGAUUAAAUUACGGAGCUAGCUGCUCUACACUAAUA